CUGACGUCAAGGCUCAACUUUCAUGCCUCCGAGUCAAACCUGGCAAGUUCUUGAGGGUAGCUAGUAUAUAUAUAUCCUGGAUAGGUACCGUGCCUUGGUAGUUGUUUCAGACGACCAAUUCAUCCAAUUUGCUGAUCUACGCCUGUGCUCACCCUACAUUCUUCUCUGUCUGUCCCCUCUCUUGUAUGCUCCAAGUUCUUUCAUCCUUCAACGGCGAGCUUGAUUAGGUUGGGGUGUGACCGCUUCUGGGCACAAUGGCAGAUGAGGGCGAGGCCGUCACUCUGAGGCAGAUUUCACGAAGCCGGGUGCUGCAUGAGAUGCUGCGCAGCGUUCGGGGUGGAGCAGCAGACUGGAAGGUGCUGAUCACGGACGAGGUGACGGUCAAGGUGCUGUCUGCCUGUGUCAAGAUGACCGACAUCCAGGACGAGGGCAUCUCAGUGGUGGAGGACCUGAACAAGCGCCGCCAGCCGCUGACGCUGGACGCCAUCUACUUCAUCCAGCCCUCGCGCAACAGCGUGAAGCGGUUGAUUGAGGACAUGGCUGGCAAGGCCCCGCUGUACACGCGCGCGCACGUCUUCUUCAGCUCCCCCCUGCCGCGCGACCUGCUGGCCGGCAUCCGCGCGGACGCGGGCCUGCUGCGGCGCCUGGCCAAGCUGGCCGAGUUCAACCUGGAGUACCUGGCCGUGGACCAGCACGCGUUCGUCACGGAUCACCCGGAUGCGCUGGCCGCUCUCUUUGGGGACGCCCCGGACGGCGGUGCGCAGUACAAGGCCACCAUUGAAAGCAUUGCGGCGCGGCUGGCCACCCUGUUUGGCGGUCUCAAGGAGUUUCCAGCCAUCCGCUAUCGCAAGGCGCGCACCGAGGGCGGCGCUGUGUCGGGCCGCGAUCUAGUCCCUACGCAGCUGGCCAGCGCGCUCUGGGACCGCAUCUUCCGCCUCAAGCAGUCCCUGCCCGGCUUCCCAUCCGUCGAGACCUGCGACCUGCUCAUUGUUGACCGCUCGAUCGAUCCGAUUGCCCCGGUCAUCCAUGAGUGGACGUACGACGCCAUGCUGCACGACCUGAUUGAGCUUGACGAGCACAACACCUUCAAAUACGACGUGGUGACGAACGCGGGCAAGUCGGAGACGCGCACGGCGGUGAUUGACGACCACGACAUGCUGUGGCAAGAGCUGCGCAACCUGCACAUCGCCGAGGCCAACAUUCGGAUCAGCGACAAGACGCAGCAGUUCAACUCGGUGAACAAGGCGGCCCAAGUGAGAAAAGGCACCCGGGACGGCGGCGCCAACUUCAAGGACAUGCGCAGCAUCGUGCAGAACCUGCAGGCGGGCUACCGCGACCAGCUGACCAAGCUGAACCUGCACGCCGAAAUCGCGACCAAGCUCAACACGCGCAUCGCGGAGGAGAAGCUGAGCGCCAUUGGCAACCUGGAGCAGGACCUCGUCUUUGGGGACGCCUCCUCCAAGGAGCUCAUCGGCCUCGUCAACAGCAAUCCAGAGAUGCCGACGGAGGACAAGGUGCGGCUGCUGAUGAUCUACGCGGCCACGCACCCCGAGAAGCUGGACGCCACCAAGCGGAUGCAGUGGAUGAAGCUGAUGCGCCUCACCGGCGAGGACAUGCACUGCGUCAACAACCUGGAGUACCUCGGCGUCGCCGUCUCCAAAAAGUCGUCCUCCUCCGGCUUCUCCCUCACCUUCGGCAAGCGCAAGGCGAAGCGGCCGGUGCGCAAGGAGCGCGCGGGCGAGGAGGAGGCGUGGUCGCUGUCGCGCUUCACGCCGCUGGUGCAGGACCUGGUGGAGGAGGUGGCGGAGGACAAGCUGCCGCGCGACCAGUACGCCUACGUCAAGGAGCCCGCGCAGCCCCCACAGCGCGCCGCCAGGGACGACGCCGCCGCCGCAGCCAGCAGGGCUGCCGCACGGCCCAGCGCGCGCACCGCCCGGACAGCCAACUGGGCCAAGAACACAUCCAAGGAAGAGGAGUCUGGGCGGGCGGGCUCCUCCAGCGGCGCGGCGGUGCGGGGGCGGCGGAUCGUGGUGUUCAUCGUGGGCGGGAUGACGCGGUCGGAGGUGCGCGUGGCGCACAAGCUGACCGCGACGCUGCAGCAGGAGGUCAUCCUGGGGUCCACCAGCAUCGAUGCGCCCCACACCUUCCUCCAGCGCGUAAAGCAUCUGAGCACCCUGGACGACGUGGACCUCUGAUCUGACGGUCCGCAGCUUGACGGCCUUUCAAUAAGGACUACCAGUUCCGGGUCUGAAGACAGUGCCUAUAGAGGGUGCCUGGCGAGGCACCAUUGGGUUUGUUUUGUAAAUAUAGGCGGCAGAGUAUUUCGGGCGGAAGUAAGGGUGACUACAAGGAAACCAAGGAAACGAGGCUCGCGGGUCCUACCUUCAGGCAAUUAUAACCUGAUCCUUGUUGUGUUGCCGUUUCCAGCCUGUCAGCCCAAGUUCCUGAGAACGUGGAGGCAUCCAAUAUUCGAUAACGUUUGUAACUUCGUACAACAGUCAUCUAUGAAGAGUGAGGACAGCAUUACAUGCUCUAGCGUCGUUCUUUCGCAGAUGAAGCGCAACCCCUGAGCCUGUCCCGAAAGGGCUAGUAUUCAACUUCAGAUUCUACCCGAUCGCUCUACUUCCAGAUUCAUGCAAUUCAACGUGCUGUGGGCACCCAUGUUGGUUG